AUGGUAUCGGAUUGGACAAUUCUUCACGUACUCCGACCGUACGGCGACAAGAAUCGGUACAUUCCUGGAAUGGAGGGCGGAGUCCUUCGACCGAUGAUGAUGAUGAUCACCGGAAAAGACACCGUCCACGGCGUGGAGAUGGAGGGCGGAGUCCUUCGACUCAAUCGAGAAACGGUCACGCUAUAUUUAGAAGUCGGUCGUGUGAAAUUGGUCGAGCCACGUGCUACGGUUCCGAGCCCAACCACGAGGGUAAUCUGGUUAUCACUCGACCUUGCCUCUCCUUUGCCCCCCUGCCCCGCUUAUACAAGUCUUCCUUUCAUCCCCGAAGAGCGGAGUGAGGCAGCAGCGACGUCGAGUCCCCUCCAAGGUUCCGCGAACCCGGAGAGCGACGAGCCCGAGAGGGACGAGGAGAAGCAAGAGGAGCUCCAUCGUGGAGCGAUAAAGGAGUCCGAGAGGAAAGAGGAGAAGGAGCGGAAGGAGGUGCAAUCUGGAGGCAAGAUCGAGGUUCCCGGGAGAGAUGAGGAGAACGGGCAGAAGGAACUCGAAGACGUAGCUAAGAUCGUGGAACCCAAGAGGAACGAGCAGAACGUGCCGCGGGAUCUGGAGUACGGAGAUAAGCAGCAUAUCUGGGAAAAGCUAGACAAAGUUGAAAGAGACCAUAUCUUUGCAAGUCUCGAGCAAUGUAAGACUAGAAACUCUCAGUUUGGUGAGGAUCGGACCAACUUUAAUGAAAUUUACUUGGCGUGCAAAUUCACGUGGUGUACGUUGAUGGGAGACUGGACGAACAUGGGAUCGCUCCGAUGCUGUCUUCUGAUGACUUCGAUCCCAAGGAUCCUGACGUCCCUGAUUCAGUGCCAAGCACCUCAGUCGCUGAUCUCCUUGCUGUGUAGGACCGGCAAUUAUUUCGAUGACGAGCACCAUGACAUUAUCUACACCUGUUCAGAUCGCAUGCAUAGCUGGGUAGUGCCACUAGUGAUUCUGCCACCACCACCCAUUAAGGUGAUCGGUCCCAUAUCAUUUCAACAUUGUUUUGCACCUGCUUUCUGCUUGUAAUCAAUCAAAGUCUGUCACCUGAAACCACACAUAGAAUGUGUG